AUGGCGCAACGCCCAACAUUCAAACCUGCGUUAAUCCUCCAUGGCGGUGCCGGAAGUUUCCACCGUUCUACUCUCCCACCCGAUCUCUACGCCAAAUACCACACAUCCCUCCUCUCGUACCUCCGAUCCACCAACAACCUAUUGAACAAUGGCGGUAGCGCACUCGAUGCAGCGGUCCACGCAGUCUCAUUGAUGGAGGAUGAUGAGCUCUUCAAUUGCGGCCGUGGAAGUGUCUUCACCUCCGCUGGGACAAUUGAGAUGGAAGCCUCGGUCAUGGUGACAAGCGUGCAAAAGGGCGACGACCUAGAAGGAGCGGUGAAACGAGGUGCUGGAGUAAUCGGUCUCAAGAAUGUACGACAUCCCAUCCGUCUUGCUCGAGAAUCGCUACUACGGACUGGGUAUAACGCCGAUGGCGAACCGAAUGGUGAUGGAGGAAAUAUGCACUCCCAGCUCGCGGCCCCGGUUGUGGAGGAGCUAGCACGGGAAUGGGGUCUUGAGUUUAAGCCUGACGAAUGGUUCUGGACGAAGGAACGCUGGGAUGAACAUCUGCGGGGGUUGAAAGGUGAGAAGGAGCCGAUUUUCCUGAGCCAGGGGACCGUUGGUUGUGUUUGCUUAGAUCAAUGGGGGAACCUCGCCGUCGCGACUAGUACAGGAGGGUUGACGAACAAGUUACCCGGGAGGAUUGGAGAUACACCGACGUUGGGAGCUGGGUUCUGGGCAGAAGCGUGGGAUGUCGAUAAGGAGGCACGACUUCCGUUACAGUCAAUGUCGGGCCCUGGGGCAGGCACGAGUAUCUGGGACAUGACGCACACCAUCCGAUCUCUUCUGGCGGACUGCAUGCCUCCUUUCUUGAGAGAUGCACCGACCGCAUAUACAGCAUUGCCGACAUCUAAUGCACCAUCUCAACCGCAUAGCCGCCACACAUCGACCCGACGAGCCAUCGCCGUCUCCGGAACCGGCAAUGGCGACUCGUUCCUUCGCGUUGUUGCUGCCCGCACAGCCUCCGCCAUGCUUCGAUUUUCUGCGCCAAAUAGCUUCCCUAAUACCCUAGCAGAGGCCGUCACGGCCGUCGCAGGGCCUAAUGGCGAGCUACAGCGUUCUGCAGGGAAACGAUGGGGCAAGACAGCCGAGGGAGCAGGUGGUAUCAUUGGAAUUGAAGCCGAAGCUGAUACUGAUACGGACGUGGGAGCGACUCUAAUGGGCGAGAAGAGAAGCAUGAGGAGACUGAAACGAGGCAAGGUCGUGUUUGAUUUUAAUUCUGGGGGUAUGUGGCGCACUUGGAUCGAAGAGGAUGCGAAUGGUAGAGAUGUAGAACGGGUGAUGGUCUUUAGGGAGGAGCACCAGUAG